AUGCCUAGACGAGCAGACUCGAGCCUCCAUUUCGAAGAAGCUGCUAGCCAUCCUAUCCUUGACGGCGAUAUUGAAAGCAUUGGGAACGCCUUCAGAGAAGUACAGCAUUUCCAUCAAGGCCUUCACCAGCGCCAUAUCCAAAUGAUUGCAUUAGCUGGAACAAUUGGAACCGGUUUGUUUCUCAGCUCCGGCCAAGCAAUUGCGACUUCAGGUCCUUUAGGUGCCUUCCUUGGGUAUAUGGUUACUGGCAUCGCUGUUUCCAGUGUUGUCUUUGCUGUGGGAGAGAUGGGUUCCCUAGUGCCCCUUAGUGGAGGUGUUGUUCGAUAUGCAGAAUAUUUUUUCGACCCUGCAAUGUCCUUUGCUGAUGGGUGGAACCAGACAUACUCAUAUUUGGUAUCCGUUCCUACAGAAAUUGUUGCUGCUGCGGUGUUGGUUGAAUUCUGGAGUACAAUUAAUAAUGCAAUAUGGGUUACUACAUUUGGACUGCUAAUGCUUAUUACUCCACUGGUGUUUAUCAGAAUCUAUGGAGAGAUCGAAUAUUUCUUCUCCAUGCUGAAGAUAGCACUAAUUAUUGGGCUAAAUAUCAUGGCUCUUGUGGUUACCUGCGGUGGAGGACCGAAUGGUGAAUCCAUUGGAUUCAGAUACUGGAGAAACCCAGGGCCAUUUGUCCAACAUUUAGGUAUCCAUGGUUCUUUGGGUCAAUUUCUUGGUUGCUGGACAUCUUUCUCCAACGCAGUCUAUGCAUACUCAGGGAUUCAGAAUGUCACAGCUGCUGCAGCUGAGACAAGGGCACCAAGACAUUCAAUUCCACGGGCUACAAAACGCAUUUUUGUCAGAAUCUUUGGUUUCUACGUCUUGUCAAUUUUCAUGGUUGGUUUGAUCAUCCCAUCAAACGACCCAAAUCUUCUUCAAGGGAUUGCCACUCAUCCCACAGCUUCUCAAUCACCAUUUGUUAUUGCUGCCCAGCGUGCUGGGAUCGCAGCUAUACCGUCGAUUAUUAACGCUGUCAUAAUUACUUCGGCUUGGUCUGCAGGUAAUUCGGAAAUACUUUUUGGCUCCCGGAUUCUCUUUGGCAUGGCAGCUCAUGGACAUGCUCCCGCAGUCUUCAAACGGUUAAACCGCUUUGGUGUUCCUUAUGUUUCCGUUAUUCUUUUCGGAAUUUUUAUGAUCUUGGGGUAUAUGUCGCUCGACGAGUCAUCCAGUACAGUUUUUAGGUGGCUGCAAAAUAUUGUAGCUGUCUCUACCUUAGUGGAUUGGGGUAUCAUCUGCAUUGUAUACCUCCGAUUUUACUAUGGGUGCAAGAAACAAGGGAUCAACCGAUAUAAGGAUCUUCCUUGGGCGGCCCCUUUUCAGCCCUACUCCACCUGGGCAUCGCUUACGUUGUUCGUCCUUUUACUAUUUACUGGUGGGUACAGUACAUUUGUACACGGCCACUGGAGCACUGAGACUUUCAUGUCGUCCUACAUCAAUAUUCCGAUAAUUCUGGUGCUAUACUUUGGCUACAAAUUCUGGAAGAAGACUAGUAUCCGUCCUUUGGAGACUAUUCCGAUUUCUGGUUUUGUUCAGUUUUAUCUCUGCCAGGAACACCCCGAGCCCGAGCCCGAGCCUACAAAGGGUCUCAAAAAGUUCAACGUUUUGUGGUCAUAG